AUGGAGAUCCUUCGCAGAUUCGGCACGAGGCGACCAAAAGUAUCAGCCUGGACAGGACAGCAGUCAAAGAGCGCAACUCGGACAUGCCCUUCAGCAUCUUCGUCCAGUAGCAGUACCAGUCCCUUCACCAUCACCCCUCCAACUCGAAGACCACCACCGCCAUCGAAUAACAAUAUGGCCGCACCACCUCCACCAUACUCAGCCACUCCAACCGGUCCAGCAGACUUGUCCUCACCGCUCCAAGUCACCGGCGUCGCCGCCGACGACUCACCAUACGCUUUUCUGCGCGAAUUCAACACGGUCUUUCUCAUCGACGAUAGCGGCAGCAUGGCGGGCCGCAGCUGGCGCGAGACCAUGGCCGCGCUUAGCGCCAUCGCUCCGAUCUGCACAGCCCACGAUGCCGACGGGAUCGACGUCUACUUCCUGAACCACCGUAAUCCCAAUCCCAAUCCGUCUCCCAACUGCCGGCUAGGCGGAUAUACCAACAUCACCACGACCGCGGCCGUCCAGCAUUUGUUCCAGAGUGUGCGACCACUAGGUGGCACUCCGACAGGGACGCGGCUGAAUCAGCUUCUGAAACCGUACUUGGCGGAACUGGCUGAUUCGGCUGAACAACAGCAACAAACUCAUCUCCAGGGUCGUGGCCGUGGUGGUAGUCGUGGAGCUAGUGUUGGAAACGAGACUGAGGUUGAUGUUGCUGCAGUCAAACCACUCAACAUCAUCGUCAUCACCGACGGCGUGCCUAGCGACGACGUCGAGUCGGUGAUUGUCACGGCGGCCAAGAAGUUGGAUGCCAUGGGCGCCGAGCCGUGGCAGGUCGGUGUCCAGUUCUUUCAGGUCGGCAGGGAGCCCGAGGCCGCGGAGAAUUUGAGGGAGUUGGACGACGCCCUGGCAGGUCAGUAUGGCGUGAGGGAUAUGGUUGACACGGUUCCUUUCACGGGGGACGAGGGUCAGGAAUUGACGGCGCAGGGCUUGUUGAAGGUGUGUUUGGGCUCGGUGGUGCGCAGACAUGAUAGACGGGCGGUCUGA